GCUUUAAUCUCUUAUGUUGGCGAAAAUGAGAGGAAAAAAAAAAAAAAAGGACUAGCCAGCGAUGUAAUCAGAGCCGGGUAGCUCGAAGCCGCCAACCCACUCGACCUCGUCUUCUCCGCCCAAUUACCGUGACAUCUCCUUCUCCAACUACAUCCCUCUACGCUCUCCCACGCAUAUACACAAUUUGUCUCUUCGUCUCCUCUCUCAAUUUGCAGUUAUGGCUUCUCCAUUUCUCUAUAGAGUUCCCCUCUCUAAACCCACCAGCACCAGCACCAGCACCUCCUUCUCCUCUUCCUCCUAAAUAUCCCCUUCCCUUCCAUUUCGCUCCCCUGCAUUUCCGGAGAAAUCCCGCCGGAGGGGGAUUUUGACUGUCCGAUCGAAGAUCCGCGAGAUAUUCAUGCCGGCACUCAGCUCCACCAUGACCGAGGGCAGGAUCGUAUCGUGGAUCAAGUCCGAAGGGGACAAGCUGAAGAGAGGUGAGAGCGUUGUUGUCGUCGAGUCCGACAAGGCGGACAUGGACGUGGAGACCUUCUAUAACGGAAUUCUUGCUGCCAUUGUUGUUCCCGAGGGCGAGUCUGCUCCCGUUGGUGCUGCCAUUGGUAUUCUCGCCGAGAAUGAGGUGGAACUCGAUGAGGCUAAAGCGCAAGCUGCCUCUAUUUCAGCAACGUCUUCUUCUUUUUCUUCGUCAUCUACCACUCAAGCAGUUGUUACGCCCACACCUCCUCCUGCUACUUCCACUCCCGCUCCGGCACUUGCGCAGCCACCAACAGCUCCUGCCGCUGUGGCCAGUGGGCCCAUGAAGAUCGUGGCAACGCCGUUCGCGAAAAAGCUGGCGAAACAGCACAAGGUGGAUGUCAAUUCAGUUGUGGGAACUGGGCCAUAUGGCAGGAUCACCGCUGCUGACGUGGAAUCAGCUGCAGGAAUUGCGCCUUCGAAGAAGAGUGCAGGUCCCGCUGUGCCUGCUGCAGAGCCUGUAGCGGCUCCACCGAAGGCUGCUGCUCCGGCGUUGCCUCCUCCACUUCCUGGAUCUACUGUUGUGCCAUUUACGACAAUGCAGUCUGCGGUGUCGAAGAACAUGUUAGAAAGUAUGUCAGUACCAACUUUUCGUGUUGGGUACCCUGUAUCUACUGACGCACUUGACGCACUAUAUGAGAAGGUGAAGCCCAAAGGUGUUACCAUGACCGCGCUGUUAGCAAAGGCUGCCGCGAUGGCACUUGUUCAGCACCCAGUAGUGAAUGCAACCUAUAAAGAUGGGAAGAGUUUCACUUACAAUAGCAGCAUAAACAUUGCAGUUGCCGUGGCAAUAAAUGGUGGCUUGAUAACCCCCGUUCUUCAGGAUGCGGAUAAGUUGGAUCUGUACUUGUUAUCUCAAAAAUGGAAAGAAUUAGUUGAAAAGGCCCGAGGGAAACAACUUCAGCCUCAUGAGUACAAUUCUGGGACUUUCACCGUGUCCAACCUGGGAAUGUUUGGAGUGGACAGGUUUGAUGCCAUUCUUCCUCCUGGCCAGGGGGCUAUCAUGGCUGUUGGAGCAUCAAAGCCCACUGUGGUUGCCAAUGCUGAUGGAUUCUUCAGUGUGAAGAGUAAAAUGCUGGUGAAUGUGACUGCUGAUCACAGAAUUAUCUAUGGUGCUGACUUGGCUGCCUUCCUUCAGACCUUUGCAAAGAUUGUAGAGAACCCAGAAAGCCUUGCACUAUAGAUGGCAUUAUGGAAUUCCUUCGAAUGCAUCCUGUUGGCUGAGCCUUAAUUAUUUGUUGGCUGAGAGGAAAUUCCAAUGCUUCUGUUGGACAGAGUACCCAAUAGAGGAAACCAGGUUUUGCAGCUUGCUGGCUCAGGUAUCAUCUUAAAAACUGCUGAGAGAUUUUGAUAGAAAUAUAUUCGAAGUUUUUUUUUUAAUUUUAAUAAACGCGUUUAGAAAUUGUUUCUUAGGAGGACCUAUAGUGUUAUCCCAAAUUAUUGCUGGGUAUUAUUAGAUGUUAAACUUGGCUGUAUAUUUUUUCUUUACAUCACUAGAAAAGGUUGGAAAGUAAUCCAAGAAAUAAAUGUUAUUCUCAA